AUCAACUCUUACCAGCGAUCUUUUAGCAUACUAUGGAAUUAAAUUCAGUAAAGUGUACAUUCAUUAGCGUGAUUUAACUAAUGAGGGACAAAGAUAUGUGAUUGCUUCUAAUUUGUGAAGUUUGGGAAUAUCCUUGCUUUGAAUAUUUAGCCUGUUAGAUUUACAUUAAGAUGAAUAAACUGAACUAUUUGCUGACAUUAGUUUACUAAAGGUUUAGAAGCAGAAAGCAUGAGGACGGACUUGCUGUCUGGGCACAGAGGGUACGCCUCUCUUAUAUCGAGGAUGUGGCUGAGGCCUUCUAAGCCAAAUCACAGACGCUACCACCAAUUCUAGCAGGAAGCCCCAGAACUGACUUCCCCACUUCUAGAUUGGCAACUCUGUUUCAUUUGGUUCCUCAAAGCCAAAAAUGACCAGUUAGCCAUCUCAUAAAAAUCCAGCAGCAGGGAGAACUUGUAAAGAUAAAGAAUGCAUUCAAGUCUCUUUAUGACAUCCACAAAGGCCGUUGCAGUAGAUGAGCUCAUGACUGAGACACACACCGGAGAGACUGGAUCAGUGUGGAAUAAUGGAUAUGUCUGUUCUGGUGAAGCGGCUGUGGCGAGAUAUCUCUGCUUGUUACACAAAGGAGGGUGUGCAGCUGAAUGAGGCAGGGAAGGGGGUGGAGUGGAGCCUGCCCUCAAGGGAACUGGGCUAUUUCCUCUCUAGUACACUACGCUCGUGAGUGUAUCUCUAUGCACGUUGGCCAAGCUGGGGCCCAGAUGGGAAAUGCAUGCUGGGAGCUUUACUGCCUGGAACACGGGAUCCAGCCAGAUGGGCAGAUGCCGAGUGACAAGUCUAUCGGAGGAGGAGACGAUUCCUUCAACACUUUCUUUAGCGAGACAGGCGCAGGAAAACAUGUCCCACGUGCCAUUUUUGUAGAUCUAGAACCAACUGUGAUUGACGAGGUACGUACAGGUACAUACCGUCAGCUCUUCCACCCUGAACAACUCAUCACAGGCAAAGAAGAUGCUGCCAAUAACUACGCCCGAGGACACUACACCAUCGGAAAGGAGAUCAUCGACUUGGUGUUGGACAGGACCCGUAAACUGGCUGACCAAUGCACUGGUCUUCAGGGAUUUCUCAUUUUCCACAGCUUUGGUGGAGGUACUGGUUCUGGCUUCACCUCCCUGUUGAUGGAGCGCCUCUCUGUCGACUAUGGCAAGAAGUCCAAGCUGGAGUUUGCCAUCUACCCAGCUCCCCAAGUGUCCACAGCAGUGGUAGAGCCCUACAACUCCAUCCUGACCACCCACACCACCUUGGAGCACUCAGACUGUGCCUUCAUGGUGGACAACGAAGCCAUCUAUGAUAUCUGUCGCAAGAAUCUGGACAUUGAGCGUCCCACUUAUACCAAUCUUAACAGGCUAAUUGGCCAAAUAGUGUCCUCCAUCACUGCUUCUCUGAGAUUUGAUGGGGCUCUGAAUGUGGAUCUGACAGAGUUCCAGACCAACUUGGUGCCCUACCCCCGCAUUCACUUCCCUCUGGCCACAUAUGCUCCUGUGAUCUCUGCUGAGAAGGCCUACCAUGAACAGCUGUCUGUUGCAGACAUCACCAAUGCCUGCUUUGAGCCCUCCAAUCAGAUGGUGAAGUGUGACCCUCGUCAUGGUAAAUACAUGGCCUGCUGUCUCCUCUACCGUGGAGAUGUUGUACCUAAAGAUGUCAAUUCUGCCAUUGCCUCAAUCAAGACCAAACGAACCAUCCAGUUUGUGGACUGGUGUCCCACUGGUUUUAAGGUUGGCAUCAACUACCAGCCUCCCACUGUGGUUCCUGGAGGAGACCUGGCUAAGGUUCAGAGGGCCGUGUGCAUGCUGAGCAACACCACGGCCAUCGCUGAGGCCUGGGCUCGCCUGGACCACAAGUUUGACCUGAUGUACGCCAAGAGAGCCUUUGUGCACUGGUAUGUGGGAGAGGGCAUGGAGGAGGGAGAGUUCUCAGAGGCCAGAGAGGACAUGGCAGCCCUGGAGAAGGACUAUGAAGAGGUGGGCACUGACAGCGUGGGAGAAGAUGAAGAAGGAGAAGAAUACUGAAGAAAAAUAAAAUGCCCUCAUUGGAGAGGUUAAUUGUUUUAUAUGAAACAACAUUCCAUAUCCCUAUGGCAAAUGGUCUGAUAUGUUUCUAUAACUGAUUUUGAAA